GGCCGCGCGACUCGAGCCGCGGCUGCCUCGACCCAGCUGCGACCUCUGAUCUGCCUUUUCGGUGCGCCGAGGACGAUAAGAGGGCGAUGAAAUCGAACCGCCCGUGAAACCCUCCAGUUUUUACGCCACCCUCUCGCCGUCGGCCGUUGAAAUUGCGGAAGUGAUUGGAUUUGAAGCUAAAUUUUAAACUCAUCACCAUGGCAUCUCGCCUGAGAAAAAUCGCCUAUGGAGGGGCUCUCCUUGGCACUACAGGUCUUUUUGGCAACUGGCUUUGGGAUGAUCUUCACAGCAAGCAUAAGAUAGUUGCAAUGGAGACAAAUUUGAGCAAGACCAAGCCGACCAGGCAUCUUCCCACAAGAGCCGAGCAAAUCGAGUCUCUGCAGAAGGAGUCGUUUGACGUCCUCAUCAUUGGCGGUGGCGCCACAGGUGCUGGAUGCGCCGUGGACUCGGCCACCAGAGGCCUCAAGACGGCCAUGGUGGAGGCCGACGACUUUGGCUCAGGCACCAGCAGCCGCAGCACCAAGCUGAUCCACGGCGGCGUUCGCUACCUGCAGAAGGCUAUCAUGGGCCUUGACGUGGACCAGUACAACAUGGUCAAGGAGGCGCUUUAUGAACGCGCCAACUUGCUCGCCGUCGCCCCUCACCUUUCGCACCCGUUGCCGAUCAUGCUGCCUGUUUACACUUGGUGGCAAAUCCCUUACUUCUGGUUCGGCAUCAAAAUGUACGACUUGGUGGCUGGCUCAAAAUGUGUCAAGAGUUCUUACUACUUGUCCAAGACAGACGCCCUCGAGCUUUUCCCCAUGCUGAAAAAAGACAAGCUGUGCGGUGCCAUAGUUUACUAUGAUGGUCAACAAAACGAUGCAAGAAUGAAUUUGGCUUUGGCCUUGACGGCCACUCGUUAUGGUGCCACAGUGGCCAACCACGUCCGGGUGACCAGUCUGCUGAAGGACGCCAACGGCAAGGUCUGCGGUGCCAGAAUGCGUGACGAGAUGGGUGGUGGAAAGGAAUGGGAGGUCAAGGCCAAGUGCGUCAUCAACGCCACCGGGCCCUUCACUGACUCCAUCAGGAAGAUGGACGACCCACAGAUUAAGGAAAUCUGCUGCCCAAGCUCAGGCGUCCACAUCGUCCUGCCCGGCUACUACAGCCCUGAGCAGAUGGGUCUCCUCGACCCUGCCACCUCAGAUGGCCGAGUCAUUUUCUUCUUGCCCUGGGAAAAACAAACCAUUGCUGGCACCACUGAUGCUCCCUGCGAGAUCACGCACCACCCUGCUCCCUCCGAGGACGAAAUCCAGUUCAUCUUGGACGAGGUCAAGCACUACCUCAGCCCUGAUGUUGAAGUUCGUCGCGGUGAUGUCUUAUCUGCCUGGAGUGGAAUCCGUCCCCUGGUGUCCGACCCCAACAAACCAGACACACAGUCGCUUGCUAGGAAUCACAUUGUCCACGUGUCAAAGAACGGACUGGUGACCAUUGCUGGUGGCAAGUGGACCACCUACAGAGCCAUGGCUUAUGAAACAAUAGACGCUGCAGUGAAGGCCUCAAGUCUCACUCCAGCACAUGAGAAAACUCAAACCGACGGCCUGUACCUCGAGGGUGGAAAAGGAUGGACACCAACCAUGUACAUCAGACUGGUGCAAGACUUUGGCCUGGAAUGCGAGGUUGCCCAGCAUCUGGCAAACACAUAUGGUGAUCGCGCUUUUGCAGUGGCCAGGUUAGCCGCUAUGACUGGACAACGGUGGCCCAUCAUUGGCAAGCGUCUGCACCCCGAGUUCCCAUACAUUGAUGCUGAGGUGCGUUACGCUGUGAAGGAAUACGCAUGCACUGCCAUCGAUGUGAUUGCCCGACGUCUGCGACUCGCCUUCCUCAAUGUGCAGGCGGCCCAGGAGGCCCUGCCCAUGAUCAUUGAAAUCAUGGGUGAGGAGAUGGGCUGGAAUGCUAAUGAGAAGAAGGCGCAGUUCGAGUCCGCGCUUAAAUUCCUACAACUCGAGAUGGGCCAGAAUGUGAACAGAGCCAGCAGGGACAAGAUUCCGAUCAACCUGAGCAAGAACGAGGUGCAGAUGUACAUCAAGAGGUUCAACCUGAUUGACAAGGACAAGAAGGGCUAUGUCUCCAUUAAUGAUAUUCGUAAUAGCUUGAAGCGAACUGGAGAGGAAGUGUCUGGAGAACAGCUCCAUGAAAUUCUAAGGGAGAUAGACACUAACAUGAAUGGACAAGUUGAACUUGACGAGUACCUUCAGAUGAUGUCGGCGAUCAAAUCCGGCGCUGUCACUUACUCAAGAUUUGCUACAAUCGCUGAGAUUGAGGAGGAGCACCUCGAACGUGAGCGACUCAAGAAGAACAUCACUGUGGACCGCAGUGGCGGUGGAUUGUAAUUCAUCCCUUCACCAAUCACCUUUUUUCAGUAUUCGUCUUCAUCACAAAUUUGGUAUUUUACUUUUCACAACAGGCGCAACGACGAGAGCUUUCCGUUCAAUGACUCGGAACUUGAAUGAAACUAGCCGAGAGGGAAGCCAAUACACAAUUAAUUAAAAAGAAAGUUUAACCCAGAAUCUCUCAUACUUAUAUAUCUAAAUGAUAAUCAAAACUUUAAUUUCAAGAGUAUAAAAUUAACUGAAGCUUUUGGCGCCUUGCCUAAAUUGUGAAGCUUUUACAAACCGCUGCUGCAGUUAUAAAGUCAUUUUUCUUUUUAAUUUCACUCUUCGAUGCUGUUUUUCUUGCCUCUUUUGAGGUUUAUAGUCAGAGUGCAUGAUGAUAGAGUAAGUGGCUUUGGUACUUAAUCCUAUAUCAAUGCCCAAACUGGGCCAACUCCUUGAUUAUUUGUUGAUUUGCAAUCUAAGUGAUAAUGUACCCAAAAUUUUGUUUUAAGCUACCUGACGUCUCUAGUUGCCUUUUUUCAAUCAGUAUUUUAAAUGGUUAUAUAUUGUUCAGUCACGAUUGUGAUUUCAUCCUUGAAAUGAAAAGACUUAUUAAUGUUACCAAGUGUAUUCUGAGACAGGGGAAGUCGAUCGUAUGUUACUUAUUUGUAAUUUUGUUACACAAAGGACAUUUUUUAAAAGACGUGAAAACACAUGGUCUGGUCUCUAAUUGAAAUUUUCAAAAUAUUAAUUACAACACAAAAAGUAAAUUUUUUGUACAUAAUACCAAGUCGUCUCAAAUUUUCGCUGUCAUUUGUAUCGUAAUGCUGGACUUUUAAUACCCAAAGCCAUAAACAUGCGCAAAUUGUGUGUAAGAAUUCCGUUGUUUGAGCAAAUUUAUUUAUUCCUUCAUUCUUUAUCUUUGCCAAAGUAGUAUUUACAUUUUCUGUUUACUUUUGUAGCAACCCCUCCUGAAAAACAUUUUUAAGUAGUUGAUAAAUAUAAAUUAUUGUUAUUUUAUUCACUAUUGUGAUGGAAAGUUUCAGAUUGUUUUUAAAUUAUUGAUUAUUGUCGCUGAAAGACGGAAAUUAUCAUUGUGUUAUGUACUUACAUAUUAAAGCAAAGAACAUCUUCAUUUAUUUAUUCUGCGCACCUUAAUACAUUUCGUUAAUUGUUCAGAUUGAACUAAUAAAAUAAGGAAUUUAUUGUUGAUUCAAAUAA